UAUGACUGCAUGGACAAGAAAAGGAGGAACUUGAUACGGCUCUACCUGGACAAAGCAACCCUGGUCUGGAAUGGGAAUGCAGUGUCAGGGCAGUCUGCUCUUGGGGACUUCUUUCAGUCGCUUCCCUCCAGCGAGUUCAGUGUCCAGACUCUUGACUCUCAGCCAGUGCACGAACAGGCAACCCAGGGCCAGACCACGCUGUUGGUGGUGACAGCAGGACAGGUGAAGUUUGACGGACAAAAGCAGCGUUACUUUAAUCAGAACUUUCUCCUCGCAGCCCAGGCUUCUCCCACCAGUGACCAGCCUGUCUGGAAGAUCGCCAGUGACUGUUUCCGCUUCCCGGACUGGAGUAGCUGA